GGCGGGGCGCGCGAGCGGCGCGGGGCCGAGGGGAGCCGAGGGGGCGGAAGCGGUGGCGACUCGCGCGCGUGUGCUCCGCCGGCUCCUCACGCGGCGGCCGGGGCCGCUUCCUCCCUCUCUCCCUCCCUCCCUCCUUCCCGGCCUCCCGAGAGCCGGCCGCGCCGUCGCCUUCCGCGCCGCGCGGCGUCCUCCGGAGCUCAGCGCGGGUGAGUCCUGAUUCUAGAGAUAGCUGCUGUUGACCCUGUAACCCUAAGGACGAAAUAGCUGGCCAAACUCAUUCUUGGUACAGGUGUACACCAUGUCCUUGAAGAUUCAGACCAGCAAUGUAACCAAUAAGAAUGACCCCAAGUCCAUCAACUCUCGGGUCUUCAUUGGGAACCUAAACACAGCUGUGGUAAAGAAGUCAGAUGUGGAAACCAUCUUUUCCAAAUAUGGCCGUGUGGCCGGCUGUUCUGUGCACAAAGGCUAUGCCUUUGUCCAGUAUGCCAAUGAGCGCCAUGCCCGGGCAGCUGUGCUGGGAGAGAAUGGACGGGUGCUGGCUGGACAGACUCUGGAUAUCAACAUGGCUGGAGAGCCCAAGCCCAAUAGACCCAAGGGGCUAAAGAGAGCAGCAACUGCCAUAUACAGUGGCUACAGCUUUGACUAUGAUUACUAUCAAGACUACUUCUAUGCCAGGCUGUUUGAUUAUCGAGGCCGCCUCUCUCCAGUGCCUGUGCCCAGGGCAGUCCCCGUGAAGCGACCCCGUGUCACGGUCCCUUUGGUUCGCCGUGUCAAAACUACAAUACCUGUCAAGCUCUUUGCCCGUUCCACAGCCAUCACUACUGGCUCAGCCAAGAUCAAGUUAAAGAGUAGCGAGCUGCAGACCAUCAAAACAGAGCUGACACAGAUCAAGUCCAACAUCGAUGCCCUGUUGGGUCGCUUGGAACAGAUUGCUGAGGAACAAAAGGCCAACCCAGAUGGCAAGAAGAAGGGUGACAGCAGCAGUGGCGGAGGCGGUGGCAGCAGUGGCGGAGGCACCAGUGGCAGUGCUGGUGGUAGUGGCGGCAACGGUGGCGGCGGUGGCAGCAGCAGCAGCAGCAGCCGGCCCCCAGCCCCCCACGAAGACACGGCCUCUGAGGCAGGCACACCCCAAGGAGAAGUCCAAACUCGAGAUGAUGGCGAUGAGGAGGGACUGCUGACACAUAGUGAAGAGGAGCUGGAGCACAGCCAGGACACAGAUGCAGAAGAUGGGGCCUUGCAGUAAGCAGGAGAAAUGGCUACCAGCAGAAGGGCAUCACUGUCUCAGGCCUCAAGCCAGGCACUCGUUUCUGGAUGCCAGUUUGUAGCGGGUACCAGAGGAAAGCUGGCAGCCGGCACUCCUCUCCCCAUGCAUCCCAGCCAGUGAGUGCUACAUCCUUUGCAAGUGGAGUUCCUGGCCUACCCUUACCCCAUGCACUCUUCCUGUCUGCACUGCCUGGGCCAAAGGGCAGAACACAUUCUGCCCUUCUUCCCCAGGGCAUUCCUAGGCUUGGGGUUUUUCUAUAGGUUUGAAAGUAGGGGGGUGGGAUGGGUGGGGGGAACCUGACAAUAAAGAGAUUGGAUCCAAAUAUG